AGAAGAUAAUGACUCGUUGUUUUCGUCAUGGUCACUGUUCGAAAUGUAACAAUCCGGUUGUACACUCCCGGUAACCGUAUACUUCCCCUGCUCUGAGUCCCCCCUCCCUGACGAUUUUGUCACUUUGGUAGAGGCCGCUUUGCCUUUUUUUUCACGCCGAGCGGAGCAAGAUGGCGGCUGUACUGCCGAGGACGAGGUGUAGUAGCCGCUCGGCAUGAACAUUUAUUUUUGAAAUAAAUGUAUUAAAACCAGACGGAAAUAUUUGAACGUCGGACUACAAGGGUCGUGCACUACUUCACUCCAUUACAAUAAUCGCCAUUUUUUAUAUUGUGUUAAGAAUUUUAUUUCUGACAACAUGAUCACAUUGUAGUAGCUAGCUCACUAAACUAGCAAGCAUAUAGCCAGCCUACCACCGUAGCAAACGCAGGAGAAAGUGUAGAAUGGGAGAAAAGCUAGAACUCAAGCUGAAGUCGCCGGUUGGAGCAGAAGCUGCUGGCUAUCCGUGGCCGUUACCAGUAUACGACAAACACCACGAUGCUGCUCAUGAAAUCAUUGAGACCAUUCGGUGGGUGUGUGAGGAGAUCCCAGACCUUAAGCUGGCCAUGGAGAACUAUGUCCUCAUCGACUACGACACCAAGAGCUUCGAGAGUAUGCAGAGACUUUGUGACAAAUACAAUAGAGCCAUUGACAGCAUCCACCAGCUGUGGAAAGGCACAACUCCGCCCCUGAAGUUGAACAAGCGGCCGUCCAAUGGGCUGCUCAGACACAUCCUGCAGCAGGUGUACAACCACUCGGUCACGGACCCCGAGAAGCUCAACAACUAUGAGCCAUUCUCCCCCGAGGUGUACGGCGAGACCUCCUUCGACCUGGUGGCCCAGAUCAUCAACGAGAUGGAGAUGAUGGAGGAGGACACCUUCGUAGACCUCGGCAGUGGGGUGGGACAAGUGGUGCUGCAGGUUGCCGCAGCAACGAACUGUAAACACUACUUUGGUGUGGAGAAGGCAGACAUUCCAGCUACUUAUGCUGAGUCUAUGGAUAAAGAAUUUAAGAGGUGGAUGAAGUGGUAUGGGAAGAAGCACGGGGACUACACGCUGGAGAGGGGGGAUUUCCUGUCUGAAGUAUGGAAGGACAGGAUAGCCAACACAAGCAGUGUUAUUUUUGUGAACAACUUUGCCUUUGGUCCAGAAGUGGAUCACCAGCUGAAGGAGCGCUUUGCUAACAUGAAGGAAGGUGCGAAAAUUGUAUCAUCAAAACCUUUUGCACCUCUAAAUUUUAGAAUCAACAGUCGAAACUUGAGUGACAUUGGCACAAUAAUGAGAGUCGUUGAGCUGUCUCCGUUGAGGGGUUCAGUGUCCUGGACAGGGAAGCCAGUUUCCUACUACCUUCAUACAAUAGACCGCACCAUACUUGAAAACUAUUUUCAUAGUCUCAAAAAUCCUAAACUCAGGGAGGAGCAAGAAGCAGCUAGGCGUCGACAAGAAAAGAAUAGUAAAGACAGUAAAAACACCACCCCAACCAAGGCAAAGGAGCACAAGGAUUCCUGCGGGGAGGAUGAGCAACCGAGGCUAUUGGCAGUCGUGAAGGCGUCACCCAAACCCCGCCGCGCCAAACUCCUCAGCAAAGGCCGCAAGCUGAGCGCUCGGAAGCGCGGGCGUCCCAAGAAGGCUGCCGUGACUGCAGCCGAACGCAAGAGCAAGAAGAGCCAGAGUGCCCUGGAGCUGCUGCACGCCAAGACCAUCUCUGCAGCACCCCCUCAGGAUGCAUACAGGUCACCUCAAAGUCCCCUCUACCAGCUACCUCCCAAAGUUCAGCACUAUGCGUCUGGGCAACUGCUGCUGGGCCCCACUCCUCCUGGCCUACAACAGCUUCUAGACAACAUUAAAGUCCAGUACCUCCAGUUCAUGACCUACAUGAAGACACCUCAGUACCACAAUCACCUGCAGCAAGUCCUGGAGCAGGAGAAGCUAAAACACAGAGAGCUCUCUGGGCAGGCGGAGCAGCUGCAGACUGUGUGUCAGACCCACAAAGAGAAGAUCAAAGGCCUCUUCCACACCAAACUGGAUGAGCUGGGAGUGAAGGCCCUAACUGUGGAGGACCUGCUGCAGGCCCAGAAGGAGAUCUCAGCCCACAACCAUCAGCUGAAGGAGCAGACCAAGCAGCUGGAGAGAGACAUGAUCGAGCUGAGGGACCACAGCCUGCUCCUGUUGAAGUCUCGGUGUGAAGAGCUGAAGCUGGACUGGAGCUCUCUGUGUCUUGAGAGCCUGCUGAAGGAGAAGCAGGCCCUACGCAGACAGAUCUCCGAAAAACAGCGGCACUGUCUCGAGCUACAGAUCAGCAUCGUGGAGCUGGAGAAGAGUCAGAGACAACAGGAGCUGCUCCAGCUCAAGUCCUACAGUCCCUGUGAGGAUUCCCCUUACCGUAAGGGCCUCCCUCGCCCUACCCUGGACCACGACACCCCCAAACUGAGCCUGGUCGUGGCCGGCCUCAGCCCCGAACUGUCCAUCAACAACACCACCUCGCCCUGCUUCGACAGGAGGGCCACCAAGGGAGAGCUCCUCUCCCGCUACCUGCCCAUCUCGCCUGACCACGAGAUUGUGCCCCCCACCCCGGACGCCCGGCACAGGCAGCUGGGUCACCCCCUCCCUGACUACACCCGCUUCUCCCCAGCCAAGAUCGCCCUGCGCAGACACCUGAACCAGGACUCUAGUACUGCACACUUCAGAGGCUUGGGCUUCACUGGUCUCAGGGGGGAUAUGGGCGCCAUCACCUCUCCACUAGGCGCUAAACUGAGCUGCCUGUCUCCCAACUCAUCAGACAGUCAGCAGAACAACAUACUCAGGAGUGCUGAGAGGGGGGGUAAGGAGAAGAGUCCAGCAGGGGGUCCGGGUGAAGCCAUCACCAGCCUGCCCAUCAGUAUCCCCCUCAGCACAGUGCACCCCAGCAAACUCCCCGUUAGCAUCCCCCUGGCCAGUGUGGUGCUGCCCAGCCGAGCAGAGAGACUGAGGAGCACACCGAGUCCUGUGUCCCAGACAGGCCAGACCAACGGGUACUCCUCUAGCUUAGGGCUGAUGAACGGAGGCUCUCACUCUGAGGAACAGGACGGGGCUGCCCCCUCCCCUCCCCCUCAUGGUGCCCCUCCAAUGGGACCAACACAAGGCCACAGCCCCCCCCUCAGCACCGGAGGGGUCCUCCAGUAUGCCGACGGCACCCCCAGAAUCCUCCCUGAGGACAGAGCCGAGCGCCAGGGCGAGUCUGACUCUGAGCCCCAGGACAGCGAGUCCAGACGCCGCAUGUUCUUCUCUUCUUCCUCUUCAUCGUCUUCCUCCUCCUCUGGGGGCGCCGCUUCUCGCCUCCGCCUCGGCUCGGCCAGACAGAGCCAGCAUCACCUAGGUAGCCACAGUAACCACAACAACCACCACCACUCGCCGGGCUCCCAACACACAAACUCUCACGGCCAUGGGUCUCAGGAGGAACGCAAGCGUGGGAGGAGGAAGCGAAGCUCAACGGGGGCUCAACCUGCCAGUGGCUCCCCAAAGAGGAAGUCCUUUCCUGGGCUCAGCUCCACCAAUCACCCUUCAGGAUCCCCACUCAACAUCAACUCCAUGGUGAACAACAUUAACCAGCCUCUGGAGAUCGCUGCCAUCUCUUCCCCGGAGCAGUCUGGAUGUAGCCCCUGUGGUCCAGACAUGGACCAGCCCCCUGUAUUGAAGCGAGAACGCCCUCUGGAGAUGAAUGGCUCAGGAUGCUACUCCUCCGCACCCAGCUCUGAUGACGACUCUGGCUACCCCGCGGACAGCUCCAGCUCAAGAAUUGAAAGGAAGAUUGCCACUAUUUCCUUGGAGAGCAGAGAUGGACCAGGCAGACCAGGGGACAGGGAGCGCGCAAGGAAGUCAGGAGGCAGCAGCAGUAACAGCACAGGAAGUGAGGUCUCCUCUUCAUCUUCCUCCUCAUCCAACAGCAAGUGGAAAUCCACCUUCUCCCCCAUCUCCGACCUCAAGCAGCCCCUGUCCGAGGUGAGGCAGGGGGGCUCCCCCUUUGGCACAGGGAGAGAGCCGCGGGGCCUGGGUACGGACUCAGACUCUGAUCACAAACCGCAGCAGCAGAGGAGGGGGUGCGAGGGGGCCGGGGGCGAGCCCUCAGGGUUUCAGGACAUCCCCCUUAACCCCUUCCUUAGCCAGGAGUCUGGGGGCCGGCCGGGGGCAGGGGCCCAGGGAGGAAGCAGCUCUGAGAGGCAGGCCAUGCCCAAACAGAAGCCCCGGGGUGAGUGGGAGCUGAAGACAUCCAGCAGCAUGGGCAACAGCCAGAAUCUCUUCAUCUCUGCAGCCGUCAGCGGGGGUAUCCUGAGCGGCAAGGUAGGGGGCAGCCCUGCAUCUUCAGCCUCAGGGGCCUCUGUGGGACAUUACCUGGGGGCCCAGUUCCCCCUUGGGGGCGCCUCUGUCCUCCAGUCCCUGUUCGGAACCCAGACGUCCGGAACCUCUGUGAGCGGGGCCCCGCGCCUGGUCAAUGGACACUCUUCCCUGGGGAGCUUCUCCAGCGCUGGGCUGGCAGGCAUGUUUCACCACGUGGUGCCCUCAGUGUCCUCCCAUCAGUUUGGGGCUGCGCUGCCAGCCUCAGGAGGCCUCAGCUCUCUGCUCAGUCUCUCCUCCUCCCAGCAGCACCAACAUCCUGCCCCCCAGUCAGGCUCCUCCUUCCUGGCCUCUGUAUCCUCCUCCCUCCCCCUCUCCCAUUUCCAGCACAGCCGCACCCAAACAGUGCUGCACACCCCUCCACCCCCCACGCUCUCCCUGCCCCCUCCACCACCAUAUCUCAAUGUCUCCUCCUCCUCAGUCUCGUCCUCUGACCCCAGUCCCUCGUCUCGCUCUGAGGCCUUCCCCUCUUCUCUCCAGCAACAGAGAGUACAGUCCUCCUCUCUCUCGGUCUCCUCCUCCUCUGCUUCUGUCUCCCCCUCUUCUUCACCUUCCUCUCGUAGCUUAACAGUGCACUACCCCCCUCAUCUGCCCCCUCCAACCCAGGCCAGUAGCUCAGGAGGUGGGGUCAGCAUGUGGAGGACUCUGGGCUUGCCUGCUUCCUACACAUCGUCCUCUCAGCACCCUGGCUCCCGGCCUAGAUAGGGCAUAGGGUGAGGGGUGGGUGGGGGAUGUGGUAGGGGGGGUGUGAGUCAAUCAGAGGGAUAAGAGGAAGAGACUGGUAGGGAGAGACACACAGACAACCUGGUUUUCCUGUGCUUCCAAAGCUGCUAUUCAGUUCUAACAAGGUAACUGAAGAAUAUCUACCUCAACCCAACGUAACCUAUGCAAAUGGACAGGUGUGGACCAAUGGAAAAUACUAUCUCACUCGUGCUCCUAAGCCUGCUAAACCGCCACUGUACUGGGACUCACACACACACACACACAGCUGAGCACACAUACACACACUGCUUCGGCAACUCACGCUGACACAUACUCGCAGCAUGGCGUCCUGAGCAGAGUUGAGCGGUCACAGGGGUGUUUGUGUUGUGGGUUGAGGCUGAUAGUAAUCACUGGGUUGUGUUCAUCCCAUCCUUAAUGAAUUGGUAUGCUGCCUACUCUUAACAUCAUAGUGACACAUGAAACGCACUGUUUCCAUGGCAGUAACUUGUAAAGGUACAUCACUGUCACCAUGUAACGUGGUGCUAAUAAGACUUACUAAAUAUACAUGGUUAUUUGUUAAAGACUCAAUUCACACAUUUGACUACAGAAGAAGUCAGUCAGCAGUGUAGUUUUACAUAUCACUGGUGCCGUUAUAUUAGUAAAGGCAGACAGUGUGUACAGUGUGGGUUUGUCAUCCUAGUAGACAGCACUCUCUAUGUUAGACCUCACCCUCCACGCACACCAUCACACACACGCUAGACCAGUCUAACCCAGCUCUGAUCAGGACUAGGGACCAUGCAGCUGUGCCUCACUGCAUCUCUAGCACCCUGCUAUCUAACCUUGAACCCUGAUCAUUUGUUCAGUGAAUGAAAUAUAAUUUGAACACAUUUAGCUUUUGGCUAAGUAUAAAACAGGGGGAAGCUGUUUGUUCAAAUGCACUGGGUAACAUAUCUGUGUACCCUGUGACAAAGUCCCUGAAGCGGGGACAGCACUAUAGUCAGCCGUCAGCCCAGAGUAAAAGGUUCUUAGUUAUAUUGGUGUAGUUAUGGUCCGUGUCAAGUCAAAGGAUCAUUUAUGUGAAUAACAUUCGUGUCUGGACAUGAAAUGGUCGGCCCAGAGGUUCUCAUUCACUUAAGUGCUGCCGGCUGAGCUGUGCAUCAACACAUGCAUGAUGUGAACAGCAGAAGGACUGGAGGAUAGAAAGCGGAAACAGGAUUCAGUUACUGAGACAGUCCGUUUAUAAUCACUACUUAUAGAGCCAGCUGGAGUGCUAUGGGCGUAGGGACCCGCAACGCAAUGUGCAUUCUUCACAAGUUGGAAUCUCAACUACUCUUAAUCUUAGCUUCUUUGUUAUGUUUUUAUAUCCCUGCCGAAACACUGAUAUGAUGAAAAUGCAGGUGUAAUUUUGGGACUCAAAUGUUUGUGUUGUAUUCAGGCAAGUCUCUGGAGUCAUAUCUCACUGAGUUCACAGGGUAGAAAUGCUGUCUGUACGUGUCACCUUUUGUCCACUAACACUGUAGUGGCGCUUUCUGCAGCCACUUCAACCUGCACACACUGAUAUACAAACACCGCUCACACACUGGGAAAUGCAUGACUAACAAAACUACUGGGACAUUUUCACAGCUUUUGAUUGGAUUUUCUAUUUCAUUUUUGUAAACAGUAUUGUACUGUGAAUAAGAGACAUUCUCUGACUGUAUAAUUGUGUAUAAUUUAGAUGAUUAUAUUUAUGCUGUCAAGUUUCUCCAUUUUGUAAAGUUGUGUUUUUGUUUUCCUGAAACAUGUGUAACAGUGUAGAAUGCAUUAGGUUUAAGUGUGUACUUGACUCACAGUCUGAAAACAUUGGUGCUACAAUCUGUAUAACUCUGGACUGUGCCUAAUAUUAUUUAUACAAUAUUAAGAACAUCAAUAACUGUCAAUACUUGGUGCUUGUCCACAGGGACAUUUUAAAUGCUAUUUUCUGGCAUUCUUUCUCGUAUUUAAAAUGCAAUUAUCCAAUUGAAUUGUUUUAAGCCUAGCGUACAACUGUAGACACUGCACGAUUUGAUAAAGCUAUCUUCAACCUACGGCUGACUCAGAGUUAUGAAAACAGGUAACGCUCUCAUUAGAUGUGAUUUUUCACAGUAUUUUUUGGCAUACUGCGAAACACCCUUUUGCUUUCAGAAACUUGCAAAUUGUUCAGGACUAUUUGUAAAUGCAUGUGACGCUGUGUUUUGUACAGAUACGUUUGUGUUAAGAAUGGUGUGUAGGUGAAUAAGAAAUGCCUAGAUUGGUUUUGGGGUAUUAUAUUUGUAUGUUGUUGUUUUUUCAUUUGGUGCUGAUGUGUGACCCACAUCUACAAGCCUGUCAAACAGGUUGGGCUUGGACCCAAGGGAAACAGCAGUGCGGAGUUAUUUAAAUCAGGGCCUUAAUAGAGUGAGUGAAACACCAUGACUGUUCAGUGUCAACGAGGGCAUGCCAGUCACAUGGCACCGUCUCCUCUGAUAUACACAGGGAAACUCUAUGCUUGUACUAUUAUGUGGUUAACACAUACAGAGGGAGAGAUUUGUGCUGCAACUAGACUGUCUUGAUUUGUUCUGGAUUGAUUUACUUCAUGCUUUUUAAAGAGAAACUUCUACUCUGUGAAACAACAUGCCUUUCAGUCAUUGUAAAUAUAUAUAUUUUAAACUAGAAAAGGUGCUGUUUCAACCAUACAAACUGAUUUCAGAUAAGGUUCUGGGUGCAUUCAAAAGCCAAAACUCAUCUUUCAAUUCUGCCUGUCCUGGGGUAUGUCUUAAAGCCACCUCCUUCCCAUAGUAUGAGCAUAAUACAUCUGUUGUAAUUACAAGUUAAUUGUUCCAAUAUAACUGUUAGUAGAAUAACUAGUAUGCGUUACGUGGGUUUGCAACAACCAGGCUCCAUUUUGAUCUGAUUGUCAUUUGCCAGUCCUUACUAAUUGAGGAUGUGAAGCAGGAUAUUAAUUUAUCUUCAUUGUUUUGUUUGUUUCAUCUGUAUCUUUGAGGAGAAAUAAGACAUCACAGCUUUAUAGUCACAAUGUUGUCCAGUAGACAACAGUGCUUUGCAAUCAGGAAUGAGGACAAUGAUUUGCUCAUGUCGGUCAUGACCAGAGAAGCUAGUCCCCUGUUAUCAGCACUGACAGGUCUUUUGUAAUUACUGUUAUUGUUGAUGUUUUCAUGAUUUUUUUUGUUUGAUAUAAUUGCAGUUGGUAUCAAUUAUGCUUUUAUUAUGACAUAAGAUUCAGAUCAAAUUGGAAUACUCUUAGACAGACAGUACGGUGCUCUCCUACACUUAAAACAAGGAAAAUGCAGCUACUGAUUAAUACACUUCCUCUCCUGUUGUGCUAGAGGAGGGAAAAGGUUUAAUAAAAUUCAACACAAGCUCGCUUGUUGACUUAUUAUUAAUGUCCCGUCUGAAAAUAUACUUCCUAGUUGGCUGGAGUGGCAAUGUGUGUGGGAGAGAGAAUAAUAUUGUGUAGUGAAUAUUGUUACUUCGACGUACCCCAUUUUAAAUAUGUCCCCUAAAGAAGUACACAUGAUCUCUGGCAAAUUUGGAUACAUAUUUAAUACCGUAGUGCAGUAUUCUGCUCUAUAAAACUUUACAAUUAAGACUGUUUCACAUAACAAGACUCUGAAUCCUGCCAAAGGUCUCACUCAGGAACAUAGCAGAUAUCUUGAAACGAUAUAACACUACUGUAUACGUCACACUUAUCUAUAAACUGUGACUUCAUUAUCUCUUUCCCUAACUCGGGACCAGGGACCUCUCUUAUAUUUUGAUGUAACUUGAAAAAUCAUAUUGGUGCUUGGAGUUGACAAACUUCCUCGAAGAUGUGUUUGUCUCCUCAAUUUCUCACUGUCACACACAUCCAGCCACUCCAGCAAAAGAUUGCAGCUUUGUGUUCGACUGGUCUGACAAUGUCGUGGAAAAUCCUCUUCUUACGCUCUCACAAAUGCCUCGUCUCACUCCUUCUCUCUGAAAAGGAAUUCAUGUCCUUUUUUUUUUUUGUAAGUGUUGUGAUCCCUACAUAGGGAGAACGCUGUGUAGUUGGACUGAAUUUGAACUCUAUGUGGAUCAGUAGAACUAAGGGCAGGUAUGAGGUGCAAUAACAGCAAACGCGUUUCAAAACGCCUUGGGCUGUCAUGGGAACUCUUGUCUGGUGUUGGUGCUAUUAUCUUAGAUGUGUAAUGACAAAUUGAAAUUUGCUUUUGUUUAUUUGCCUUUUUAUGAUAAUUAUUAAUAAAAUGGUUUCUUAAAGUA